AUACAGAAGAUAAGUAUACGGUAGUCACAUCGUCGAUAAUUAAACAUUUGUCUACAUCAAUUCAUUAUGAUUGUUCAAAUUCGAUUAUUUUUUUUACUUUCCAUUUUAUUCACUGCUAGUUUUGCGAAUUUUCAAGAUGCUGCAAAAAAUAAUGAAAGUUCUGGAAAGAUAUCGGCUAUACUCAAUAAAUUAUUCGACAUGGCAUUACCUUCAAUUCAAAUGUUUAUUUUAAAACAUAGAUUAGAUCCUAUGAAAUUGAAAGAUUUAUCCCAAAAUCUGAAAGGAGUAAUAAUUCACCAUAGAACUCUUAAUUUAACGAAAGGUUCUCUUGAAGGGUUAUCAAAUGUAAAUCGGGCAAACGAUAUUAUUUUGUCUUUUGAAAACAAAAUUCUAACUCUAGAUGCAACUCUAGGAUUCAAUGAUCUUAAGGCUAAUUAUAAUUAUCAUCUUUACGAUUUACUAAUCAAUAAAAAAGGAAAAGUUUAUGGUUAUAUCAAGGAUAUGGAGAUACGAAUAAUUAUAGAUUUAAAUAUGAACAAUUAUAAAGUUGCUGUUCCUAUGGCUAAGAUUGUUAAAUUAGACAAAUUUGAUAUCGUUUUUAAGGGUAAUAUAGGUGAUCCAAUAGUAAAUGCUGCAAUUAAAGCUAUUACUAAAGUAUUUCGUACAAAUAUUAUAAAUAUGGUAAAUACAGAAUUUUCGAAAGUAUUGCAGGAAUUUGUAGGCGAAAUCAAUAAGAAGAUACCGCAACCUAAUCAAAUAUUAGAUAAUGAUAAUAUUUGGUAUUAUUUAAAAUCUAAUUUAUCUUAGAUAGGUUUUGUUUCAUCUAAUACAAUUUAUUGAAUUAAAAAAAAGAUAUGUAAAAUAUCUUGCAAAGAUAUGUAAAAUAAAAGAUGAUGUAAAAUAUAAAAAUGUAAAAUAAUAAAGCAUCCCAUUUUAAUA